AGAUUUAUGUGGGAAUGCAUUAUCAGUAUGAAUAAAUGUCUAAAUGUUUAAUAUUUUCUUUUAUUUUUUUAAAUGCCUAUGGAGAAGUAGAAGACUGAAAAUGGAGCUGUAUGAAACCCUUGGGAAAGUGGGAGAGGGAAGCUAUGGAACAGUCAUGAAAUGUAGACAUAAGGACACUGGGAAGAUAGUGGCCAUUAAGAUAUUUUGUGAGAAUCCAGAAAAGUCUGUCAGCAAAAUUGCAACAAGAGAAAUUAAGUUUCUAAAGCAAUUUCGCCAUGAGAACCUGGUCAAUCUAAUUGAAGUUUUUAGACAGAAAAAGAAAAUUCAUUUGGUGUUUGAAUUUAUUGACCAUACAGUAUUAGAUGAGUUACAACAUUAUUGUCAUGGACUAGAGAGUAAACGACUUAGAAAAUACCUCUUCCAGAUCCUUCGAGCCAUUGAAUAUCUUCACAAUAAUAAUGUCAUUCAUCGAGACAUAAAGCCGGAGAAUAUCUUAGUAUCCCAAUUAGGAAUUACUAAGCUCUGUGAUUUUGGUUUUGCACGAACACUGGCAGCUCCUGGGGACAUUUAUACGGACUAUGUGGCCACACGCUGGUAUAGAGCUCCAGAAUUAGUCUUAAAAGAUACCUCUUAUGGAAAACCUGUAGAUAUCUGGGCUUUGGGCUGCAUGAUCAUUGAGAUGGCCACUGGAAGUCCCUAUCUUCCUUGCAGCUCUGAUUUGGACUUACUUUAUAAAAUUGUUUUAAAAGUAGGCAAUUUGACACCUCAUUUGCAGAGUAUCUUUUCUAAGAGUCCCGUUUUUGCUGGGGUGGCCCUUCCUCAAGUUCAACACCACAAAAAUGCAAGAAAAAAGUACCCAAAACUAAAUGGAUUGUUAGCAGAUAUAGUUCAUGCUUGUUUACAAAUUGAUCCAUCUGAGAGAAUAUCAUCCACUGAUCUUUUGCAUCAUGAGUAUUUUACUAGAGAUGGAUUUAUUGAAAAAUUCAUUCCGGAACUGAAAGCUAAGUUACUACAAGAAGCAAAAGUCAAUUCAUUCAUAAAACCAAAAGAGAAUUCUAAAGAAAAUGAAUUUAUAAAAGAUAAAAAAAAAUCAAAUUAUACCAAUACACUGGGGACUACUUCAGUGUUGGGAAAGGAAUUGGAGAAAGAGAAAAGGUCCAAGGACAUGAAAGUCAGAGUGUUAAAAGUCAAAGGAGGAAAAGGAGUUUCUUUAGAACCCAAAAAGGUAGUGUGUGAAGGUGGACGUAGCCAACAGAAUGCAAUUGAACCAGGUUUUCAUACUGUGUCUCAAGAUACAAAACCUGUAAUAAAUGAACCACCACAUCCUGUCAAUCCCAUCGGUAACCCUAAUGGCAUGAAACAUGAUCUGCAUGCUGGAGGUAGUACGGUGAUGCCACCUAUCAAUAUAGCUGGCAGUCAUUUAAUGACUUCAAAUACCAAUCCAAAUGUCUCCCACUCUAACUUAAGGUUAACUGAAAGAGCAAAAAAGAGAUGUACUUCUUCACAACCUAUUGCACAAGUUGCAUCCAGUAACUGGCAAGAGGAUACAACUCUCACACAUAGUCAAGUGGAAAAGGGUGUAUUUAAUGAGCGAACAGGUCAAAGUGACCAAAUGGCAAGUGUGAACAACAGAAAGCCAAAUUUCUUCAAGUCUGAUAGAAACGAAUUCCACUUCCCAGAACUUCCUUUUGUAAUCCAGUCAAAGGAGACUAAAGGAGUGGAAGUUAAACAGAUGAAAGUGCUGAAGAGAGAAUCAAAGAAAACAGAUUUAUAUAAAAUGCCAACUUUACGUAAUGUGGAUCAAAAUAAAGAAAAACAAGAGAACACAGGAAAUGCACAAAAUGAAAUGAAUAAGAAGCUGCCAAAUAUUGGCGACAACCCCUCCCCCACCCCCGGACUGAGCGCCCCCGCCAGACGCGCACCCCGCGGCGGCCCCGGCGCUCUGGGAGCAGCCGCCUUCGCCUCAGCGGGCGCCGCGGGCGCCGCGCGCUCCGCGACCUCGGCCUCCCUUCCCCCUCGCGGCCCGCCCUCGCGGACGACCACGCCCGACAGGCUCCGGGGCCGCGCUGCGCCUGCGCCCGGGCGCCGCCUCCCGCCGCUGGGAUCAGGCCGGCGUCGGCUCUGCAGUUGCGCAGCUCGCGCCGGCGCCUGCCGAGCCCUCCGCGCCCCGCCGCCUCCUGACGCCGGGCGUGACGUCACCACGCCGACGGCCGCCAUUACAGAGAGCCGAGCUCUGAGGCUAAGAGCGAGCGGGGAAGGAGGGCAGUGGCCGGCGGCCGAGCCUUGCGAGGAGCAGCCGCCUGCCGUCAACACCGAGGGACCAUCCCACCCCACCGCCACCACACACGAACACACACCCAGGAGCCGGCGGCGGCGUGUGCGUGUGGCCCGGGUGCGGGCGGCGGCGCGGGAGUAG